GGAGGGAGGACCCUGCGAAAGCUGCGACUAUCCCUCGGGGCCAUGGACUCGGACGCCAGCCUGGUGUCUAGCCGCCCGUCGUCGCCAGAGCCCGAUGACCUUUUCCUGCCGGCCCGGAGCAAGAGCAGUGGGGGCAGCGGCUUCACGGGGGGCACCGUGUCCUCGUCCACGCCCAGCGACUGCCCGCCAGAGCGGAGCGCCGAGCUGCGCGGCGCCAUGGGCGCGGCGGGCGCGCACCCGGGGGACAAGCUGGGCGGCGGUGGCCUCAAGUCAUCCUCGUCCAGCACCUCGUCGUCCACGUCGUCAGCGGCCGCGUCGUCCACUAAGAAGGACAAGAAACAGAUGACUGAGCCCGAGCUGCAGCAGCUACGCCUCAAGAUCAACAGCCGCGAGCGCAAGCGGAUGCACGACCUCAACAUCGCCAUGGACGGGCUGCGCGAGGUCAUGCCGUACGCCCACGGCCCGUCGGUGCGCAAGCUCUCCAAAAUCGCCACGCUGCUGCUGGCGCGCAACUACAUCCUCAUGCUCACCAACUCGCUGGAGGAGAUGAAGCGACUGGUGAGCGAGAUCUACGGCGGCCACCACGCCGGCUUCCACCCAUCGGCCUGCGGCGGCCUGGCGCACUCGGCGCCCCUGCCCGCCGCCACCGCGCACCCCGCGGCCGCCGCCCACGCGGCGCACCACCCGGCGGUGCACCACCCCAUCUUGCCUCCGGCCGCUGCCGCCGCCGCCGCCGCUGCGGCCGCCGCCGCGGUGUCCAGCGCCUCCCUGCCCGGCUCCGGGCUGUCGUCGGUCGGCUCCAUUCGGCCCCCUCACGGCCUGCUCAAGUCUCCGUCGGCGGCGGCGGCAGCCCCGCUGGGGGGCGCGGGCGGCAGCGGCGGGGGCGGCGGCGGCUUCCAGCACUGGGGCGGCAUGCCUUGCCCCUGCAGCAUGUGCCAGGUGCCGCCCCCGCACCACCACGUGUCGGCCAUGGGCGCCGGCAGUCUGCCGCGCCUCACCUCCGACGCCAAGUGA